UGUGUGAUGCUGUGGUGCUGAUGCUGAGCUCUGGAGUCAUCAGUGCAGCAGGGGAAGAUGCGCGUGCUUGCUGACUGCUGGACGGCGCGAGGCGGUGAAGAGGGAUGUUGCUCUGAGUUCAGCUAACAGCCAUCAUCUCAAUCCAUUUAAAAGCUGAAAUUUCAGGGCAUUUUCUUUUCUUUCUUUUUCGUUCUUUUUUAUGAUUUUCUUUCUUUUCCCGUAAAGUUCUGAUAUGAUUUUGACUCUGGAUUUACUUUUAAUUCUGCGUUAAUUGGGCUUUUGGUUUCGUAUGACACUACACCUGUGCGCAGUGCUCUCAGUAAGCGCGCGCUCUGACUCAGCAUCGCACCUGCCUGCCUCUCAUCAUCUCGCGCCACAGCUGGAGCUCAGUCCCGCUUUAAACGGAGAUUUGCCGGGAGCGCACGCCUCAGCCACGCGUGCGAGCGAGCGACAGUGCGUGCGUGUGAUCGAGGAACAGAAAGAGAGUGAAGGAGAGAGAGAGAGAGAGACCUUCGGUUCACAUGCAUCUCUUUUACUGGAACUAUUAAUUACAGAUAAUUGAUACAUAUACGCAAGGAAUUGUUCGGAGGAAAAGUGCGCAGUGGUCAAAGACAAACCUUAGUUUGGAGAUAGAAAGGUCCGGGGCAUGUGGAUAUUGGCCAUCAUCUUUUUCCAGUGCAUUUUGAAUGUUCUCAGUGAAGAUUUACAUUCCAGCUUGUAUUUUGUCAAUGCAUCUCUGCAAGAGGUAGUGUUCGCCAGCACCACGGGAACUCAUGUUCCCUGUCCUGCCGCAGCGGUGCCGCCCGCUACCCUGCGCUGGUAUCUGGCCACCGGCGAGGAGAGCUACAACGUCCCAGGGAUUCGCCACGUCCACCCCAACGGCACUCUCCAGAUCUUCCACUUUCCUCCGUCCAGCUUUAGCAAAGUGAUUCACGACAACACUUACUAUUGCACAGCGGAAAAUCCUUCAGGGAAAAUUAGAAGCCAAGAUGUUCAUAUUAAGGCCGUCUUACGAGAGCCCUAUACGGUCCGUGUGGCGGACCAGACCGCAAUGAGGGGCGGUGUAGCGGUCUUCAAGUGCAUUAUUCCUUCCUCAGUGGAAAACUACAUCACUGUUGUGUCAUGGGAAAGAGACACGGUACCACUCGUCUCAGGGGCCCGAUUUCUCAUAACGUCUACGGGAGCCCUUUACAUCUUGGAUGUGCAGAAAGAAGACGAAUUAUUCAACUACCGCUGCAUGACGAGACAUCGCUACACAUCCGAGACCAGACAGAGCAACAGCGCCCGUUUAUUUGUACCAGAUCCAACGAACUCUGCCCCCACGAUCCUCGAUGGAUUCGAGAAACGUGAGGUCAUGGCGUCCCACAGGGUGGAGCUCCCGUGCAAGGCCUCCGGACACCCGGGGCCCAAAUACCGCUGGCUUAAAAACAACAGACCGUUAGAACCGGAUUCCCGUUUCCGUCAGAGCGUAACGGGUCUGCUGAUCGAGAGAGCCCAACCCAGCGACUCUGGCAGCUACGUGUGCGAGGUGUGGAACAGCUACGGAAACGCAGAGGUCGUGGGUCGCCUCACGGUGAAAGAGCCUUUGAAAGUGGUCGUGAGCCCGAGGAAAGUGAAAGGCAGCGUGGGUAGUCAGGUGUCUCUCACCUGCAGUGUCACUGGCUCAGAUGAGUACGAGCUUUCCUGGUACCGAAACGGCGACAAGAUCAUCGCCGGCGCCAACGUGCGAAUGAACGGAAUCACCAAGGAGAAUCUGGUGAUGGACGGAAUGGCAAAGAGCGAUGGAGGAGCUUACCAAUGCUUCGCCAGGAAAGGCAAGAUGUCAGCUCAGGAUUUUGUGCAGGUCAUUUUAGAAGACGGGACCCCUAAGAUCCUCUCCGCUUUCAGCGAGAAAGUCGUCAGUCAGAACGAACUCGUCUCCUUGACGUGUCACGUAAAGGGAACUCCACAGCCGGCCGUUACGUGGACGCUGGACGACGAUGUCAUCACGAAAGACAGCCGCCAUCGCAUAGGUCACAGCAUCACGGCGGAGGGGAACGUAAUCAGCUAUCUGAACAUCUCCCACACCCAGGUUCGCGACAGCGGGGUCUACCGAUGCACCUGCAACAACUCGGCGGGGACGGUCUCCUACCAGGCUCGAAUAAACGUAAGAGGUCCUGCAGACAUAAGACCAAUGAAAAACCUCACCGCUAUAGCUGGAUGGGACACAUAUAUCCACUGCCAUGUUAUCGGUUACCCGUAUUAUUCCAUCAAAUGGUUUAAGAACUCCAACCUUCUCCCUUUUAAUGAUCGGCAACGGGCUUUCGAGAACAACGGGACGCUGAAGCUUCUCAACGUGCAGAAAGAACUAGAUGAAGGGGAGUACAGCUGCCAUGUUCUUGUUCAGCCCCAGUUGUUCAGGAACCAGAGCGUCCACAUCACUGUGAAAGUGCCUCCCUUCAUUCAGCCUUUUGAGUUUCCACGAUAUUCCAUCGGCCAUCGCGUCUUCGUGCCCUGUGUCGUGCGUUCGGGAGAUCUUCCCAUUUCCAUUACAUGGGAGAAGGAUGGAAAACCCAUCAACGCCAGCCUCGGCGUAACCAUCGAUAACAUCGACUUCACCAGCUCAUUGCGAAUCUCCAACCUCCAGCGAAUACACAACGGUACUUACACCUGCAUUGCCCAAAAUGAUGCUGCCAUCGUCAAAUACCAGAGUCAGCUCAUCGUAAGAGUUCCACCAAAGUUCAAAGUGCAGCCCCAAGAUCAAGAUGGAAUCUACGGUAAAUCUGUCAUUUUAAACUGCUCUGCCGACGGUGAGCCGCGCCCGACUAUCGAGUGGAAAUACUCCAAAGGUGCUGGGGUGCCCCAGUUUCAACCCAUCGCUCUGAAUUCGGGCUUCAGGGUCCAGCUGCUGGGGAACGGCUCGCUGCUGAUUAAGCACGUUCUUGAGGAGGAUGCUGGAUAUUACCUGUGCAAGGUCAGCAAUGACGUGGGUGCCGAUGUCAGCAAGUCCAUGUACCUCAACGUGAAAAUUCCAGCCAUGAUCACGUCGUAUCCCAACAACUCGCUGGCGACGAAAGGAGAGAAGAUUGAGAUGAGCUGUAAGGCUCACGGUGAGAAGCCCAUCAUGGUUCGGUGGGAGAAGGAAGUGGAGAAGGAGAAGCAGUCGCACAUGAUCAACGAAGACAUGUGGCGGCACACCAUAUCGCUCAAGAUCGGUGAUGAGGUCAUCUCCACCCUGCAGAUCUAUCCAACAAUGCGAGAAGAUUCUGGCUUCUACUCCUGUCAUGCUAUCAACUCAUACGGUGAAGAUAGAGGCAUCCUUCAGUUAACUGUUCAAGAGCCGCCAGAGCCUCCAAAAGUAGAGAUUCGUGAGGUGAAAGAGAGGACCAUCGCCCUUCGCUGGACCAUGGGAUUUGAUGGGAACAGCCCCAUUACUGGCUAUGAUAUCGAGUGCAAAAAUAAAACAGAAACUUGGGAAAGGGCUCGCAGAACCAGAGAUGUUUCCCCCACCCUGAAUCAGGCCACCAUCAUAGAGCUUCACCCCUCAUCCACAUACAACAUCCGUAUAUUUGCAAAGAAUCACAUCGGAGACAGUGAACCCAGCAAUGAGCUCACCGUAACCACAGAUGAAGCAGAUCCAGAGGGACCGCCUCAAGAUGUGACUCUGGAAGCCAUAACAUCCCAAAGCAUCAAAGUUACAUGGAAGCCUCCAUUGAAACAUCUGCAGAAUGGAGUGAUCCGAGGUUAUCAGGUGUGUCACCGAGAGCACUCUCUGAACGGCAGUCAUCAGUUCAUCUGUAUCAGUAUCGAGGCCACAGGAGAGACCGAGUCUUUGAGCCUUAAUAACCUAAAAAAGUUCACAGAGUAUGAGGUGGUGGUCCAAGCCAGUAACAGCGCCGGUCCAGGACCUGCUUCCAGUGAGGUCCGAGCCACAACCAUGGAGGACGUACCCAGCAGAGCCCCUGAGAAAGUUGUGGCUACUGCGUCUUCACCCGAGAGCAUCUCUCUGUCCUGGCAGACUCCAGCCAGAGAAGCUCUCAAUGGCGUACUUCAGGGUUUUCGUAUCAUCUACUGGGCCAAUCUACCAGAUGGAGAACUUGGGGAAAUUAAAAAUGUCACCACCCAGAAGACCCCACUUGAGCUUGAAGGGUUGGAGAAAUAUACCAACUACAGUAUCCAGGUGUUAGCCUUCACCAGAGCCGGAGACGGAGUACGCAGCGACCAGAUCUACAUCCGCACCAAAGAAGAUGUACCCGGUCCUCCUGGCGGAGUGAAGGCAGCGGCAGCUUCCAGCUCUGUGGUGUAUGUUUCCUGGCUUCCUCCGCUGAAGCUCAAUGGUGUCAUUAGGAAAUACAAAGUCUUCUGUUCCAGCUCACAUCCCACGGUGGUCAGUGAGUUUGAGGUGGCACCAGAUGAAUUCCUACACAGGGUACACAAUCUUAGCCGAAACAGGAAGUACAGCAUCCGGGUGAUGGCAGUCACUGCAGCCGGGCUGGGCAACAGCAGUGACAUCAUCACAGUAGAACCUCUGGCCAAAGCUCCUGCCAAAAUCCUCACCUUCAGUGGCACAGUCACAACACCAUGGAUGAGAGAUGUUAUUUUACCAUGCAGGGCGGUCGGUGACCCACCACCUGCCAUCAAAUGGCUUAAGGAAAGCGGGAACCCUGCCCCUGCGGUAAUUGAUGGAAGACGCAGUAUCCAUGGAAACGGCAGCUUUGUCAUUAAGACUGUAAAAGCAGAGGAUUCUGGGUACUACACGUGUGUCGCUAGCAAUAAUUGGGGAUCGGACGAAAUAACUCUGAACCUUCAGGUGCAAGUCCCUCCUGACCAACCUCGUCUCACUGUGACCAAGACAACCACCACAUCCAUCACCGUGUCCUGGAUAGCGGGAGACAAUGGAGGCAGCUCCAUUAGAGGGUAUAUUUUGCAAUAUUCAGAAGACAACAGUGAAAAGUGGGGAAGUAUUUCCAUUAGUCCUAGUGAACGUUCUUACCGUCUGGAGAACCUCAGUUGUGGCACCUGGUAUAAGUUUACACUAACAGCCCAGAAUGCUGUGGGGCCGGGCCGAAUCAGCGAGAUAAUCGAGGCAAAGACUCAUGGGAAAGAGCCACAGUUUUCCAAAGAGCAGGAACUGUUUACAAGUAUUAACACCACCUGCGUCAAACUCAACUUGAUUGGCUGGAAUGAUGGCGGCUGCCCGAUCACAUCCUUCACUCUGGAAUAUCGGCCAUUGGACAGUCCAGUGUGGACCAAGGCUAAGCGCACCUCACUUACUAAGAGCUACAACCUGCUGGACCUGCAGGAAGCCACCUGGUACGAACUGCAGAUGAAGGUGUACAACAGCGCCGGGGUGGCCGAGAAACGCGUCAAAUUUGCCACUCUCAACAACGAGGGCGGCACUAUUCCUCCACUGGUUGAAACGGCGGUAAAGGGCCCUGUGAAGAAGAUCCACAAGGAGGGAAUGAAGAUGAUGGUGACGAUCUCCUGCGUCCUGGUGGGAAUGGCGCUGCUGUUCGCCGCGCUGAUGGUGCUGAGGAGGAGGAGGAGAGAGCAGAGGCUGAAGAGACUCAGGGAUGCAAAAAGUUUGGCUGAGAUGCUUAUGAGUAAAAACACAAGGCCAUCAGACACCAUGAACAAACAACAGCAGACUCUCCGCAUGCACAUAGAUAUUCCCAGAGCGCAACUGCUUAUCGAAGAGAGAGACACCAUGGAAACUGUGGUUCCCUCUCUUCCCUCCCUGUUAGACGACAGAUCGACGGUGCUAUUGACCGAUAACGAUUUCGGAGAAAGUGCCAAACAGAAAUCGGCCACCGUGACGCACUCCGUCCACUAUCAGUCUCUGUCGCAGGCCACCGGGCCUCUGGUGGAUGUCUCUGACGUCCGCCCGGGGACGAGUAAGAGCAGUCUCUCGAAUCCAACUGCUCGGCGUACAGCUAAGGCCGGCCCCGCGGCUCGCAAUCGCUACGCCAGUCAGUGGACACUGAACCGACCCCACCCUCCUGUCUCCACCCAUACGCUCAGCACGGAUUGGAGGCUGGGAACUCCCCGAGUGGCCGGCUCGGUGGACAAGGAAAGUGAUAGCUACAGUGUCAGUCCGUCCCAGGACACAGACCGCGCCCGCAGCAGCAUGGUCUCCACGGAGAGCGCAUCUUCUACGUACGAGGAGCUGGCCAGAGCCUACGAACACGCCAAGAUGGAGGAGCAACUACGACAUGCUAAGUUCACCAUCACGGAGUGCUUCAUCUCAGAUACUUCCUCUGAGCAGAUGACCGCCGGCACCAACGAUUACACAGACAGUCUGACCUCCAGCACACCAUCAGAAUCAGGCAUCUGCAGAUUCACUGCCUCACCUCCCAAACCCCAGGAUGUUUGCAGGGUGAUAAAUAUGGCUGUACCCAAAGCCCACAGACCAGGAGGGGAGCUCGUACACCUGCCUCCGUACCUGCGAAUGGACUUCCUUUUGAAUCGGGGUGUUUCAGGAGCAUCCCGGGAUGGGGCGAUGGGCCAAGCCUGUUUGGAGCCACAGAAGACCCGCUCGCUGAAGCGCCCCACCCUGCUGGAGCCGACGCCCAUGGAGGUGCCAACCAGCAGGGACGUGCAGCAGUGGCAGCCGGGCACGGCCUCCACGCUCCCUCAGAGAGAGGCAGGGUCGGACUUGGCACAGGCUGCCAAACUCAGCACCUCCCAGGAAUCACUGCUGGACUCCAGAGGACACGUAAAACAGAGCAACAAUCCCUACGCAAAGUCCUACACGCUGGUAUAACAAAGAACGGACAGCAGCGAACUCAAACAAACAUCGCAAAAGUGAACUCUUCACGCGCGGUUGUAAAUAUGUUUCCCCUUCAUGAUGGAAGGGCCACUUCUACUCCUAACAGUUUCUUUAUUUUACGCUUUUUUAAAUGGUGAAUUCUUUGAGAUGACUCCACACAGAGAUUGCCAAAAUGAUUUUAUUAUUAUUAUUAUUAUUAACGAUGAUCAUGAUAUUUACUAAUUUAUUUAUUUUAGCGGUUAGUGUGCACAAACUAAUGACUGGGAACCCAUUACGUUUUUGUUUUUUCUACCGAAAUUUCUUUGUGUACUUAGUUUGAGACAACAAAGUGUGCGUGUGAUCAACACUGGUCCAAAGUCGUCACAUUCUCGGACUGUUCAAAGAUGAAAUCCGUUUCCUGGGAGUGCAUGGGGAUAAACCAUUUUAAAGACAAAGAUGACAGUAUGAAUACCAACCGCUGGAGGGUCCAGCCCAGAAUUUUUUCACGACAAAAUAAUCAAAUGUGAAGAUUUCGUAUUCUUAUGAGUAUAAAUAUAUAAAAAAUAUAUAUAUAAAAUGAUAAAUCGCUUUUAUUUGUGGGUAUUACAGGGAAUUUCUUUUUUAUUUGGUUAAUAAAGUCCUUUAGUCAUGUUUGCACAUAUCUUGUUUAACCUAGAAAAUCAAGUCUCGAUUGAUGAUUAUUUGUUUCCAUUCUCUAAUGGUGCAAUAUGAAAUUCCAUGAUCCAUGUUUAAUUUCCACUGUACUGUAUCUCACCCAUCACAUGAGCUUUAGAGAUCUGGAGCGGCUGGAAUGAUAGAUUCAGGUGUGGUUGAAUUAAAGGUUGAUUUAGCAUGUUGGGGGAGAUCUGACCACCUAUCGCACUCGCUGUGUGAAUAUUUGACCCUCCCAUGUGUGUAAUGCACUAGAAAGGUGUCUUCAGGGCACAUGCGCUAUCUUGUCUUCACUAGAUUUAUUUUUGCUGCAUUGCAGUGAUGCUCCGCUACAGGGAAAACCGAGACAAUCUAAAGAGAUCCCCUAAAAUAAAUAACAAAUAUGAUAAUAAUUAUAACAAGUUAUAUAUGAUUAUGGACCGUAUGGUAGCAAUAUGUUAUUGUUGCCCCUCUGCACCAAACUGUCUUGCAGGGAGAGUUAUGAUGAAGAAUUCUGUGAGAUGUUUCACUAUAUUUGAUUAGAUAAAUCUAUUUGUCCUCACUAUAUUCAUUUAACAAAUGUUGUUUGCUUUUCACCUUUUUCUUCGUUUUUUUAACAGGGUGUUCACAAUUGUGACACUCUUAAUAAAGAUUUUCCAUGAUAAUCCUGUCGACUAAUAAAAAGUUGAUCCCCAACUGA